AGAAGACGAAGAAGAAGGGGAAGUGGUUCGACACAGCUAGCUUGUAUUAGCAUUCAAAACAAAUCUGAUUUGUGUUUUUAUGUCGGAAAAGAAAGAAAAAACUGUGCAUAAAAUGGAAGUUUUAAAGCUAAACUGAAAGCUCUUUGCUUCUGCUGUAUUUGUCUGCUUACUGUAAUUAGACACGAACUGAAUAUCUUGCCAGUCAUCCAGUUAGCCCUACGUGCUAGCUGUUUUAGCUCAGCUGUCAGCGGCUUGUUUUGUUCUGUGUUAAGUGGCAUCCCCAGUUAUAACACAUGAGUGUGUCGCUGGUCGUUAUUCGUCUGGAGUUAGCCGACCAGUCACCUUUUCCACAAGGUUUCCAGUACUGCGCUGUUGAAGGCAUGUCAGAGGAGGAGCUGCAGGAGAAAGCUCUGGGUUUAGCCAAACACAGUCUGAGUGGAAAAACCGACCUGGAAAGAUCAGCUGUGCUGCACCAGCACAUCGGCAGCAGAGCCAUGGGGGACAUGGUGAUAGAGACCUUUGAGCCCAGCCCAAACACAGGUGGACAUGAGGAGCGGAACAGUGAAAUUCAGGAUGCAAAGACUGGUGUAGACAGUCAGGAGGGUGCAGAGGAUAGGAGGUUUACGACAGGCACAGCUCCGGACUCACCCUCCAAGCAGCUCCCGGACCAGAUCUCUUUCUUCAGCGGGAACCCGUCAGUGGAGAUCAUUCACGGUAUCAUGCACCUCUACAAGACCAACAAAAUGACAUCACUGACUGAAGAUGUCAGACGCAGCGCUAUGGUGUGCAUCAUCACCGUCCCAGCGACCAUGACCAGCCAUGACCUUAUGAAGCUCAUGGCUCCUUUUAAUGAUGUCAUGGAGCACAUGAAGAUCAUACGGGACUCUACCCCUAACCAAUACAUGGUUCUCAUUAAAUUCUGCACACAGGCAGACGCAGACAGUUUUUACACAGCAUGCAAUGGCCGCCAGUUCAACUCUAUAGAGGAAGCAGUGUGCCAGCUGGUCUAUGUGGAGCGAGCAGAGGUCAUCAAGUCUGAAGAAGGAGCCAGUCUUCCAGUGAUGGAGCUGACUGAGUUGCCCAAGUGCACCGUGUGCCUGGAGAGAAUGGACGAGUCUGUUAAUGGCAUCCUCACCACUCUGUGCAACCACAGCUUCCACAGCCAGUGUCUUCAGCGCUGGGAAGAUGCCUCGUGUCCUGUAUGUAGGUACUGUCAAACACCAGAACCAGUUGAAGAGAACAAAUGCUUUGAAUGUGGAGUGCAGGAGAAUCUGUGGAUAUGCUUGAUCUGCGGUCAUAUUGGAUGUGGUCGCUACGUUAGCCGCCAUGCCUACAAGCACUUUGAAGAAACACAGCAUACCUACGCUAUGCAGCUCACCAAUCACCGAGUCUGGGACUACGCAGGAGAUAACUAUGUACAUCGGCUUGUGGCCAGUAAGACUGAUGGGAAGAUGGUGCAGUAUGAGUGUGAGGGAGACACCUGCCAGGCAGAGAAAAUUGAUGCACUCCAGCUAGAGUACUCAUACCUGCUGACAAGUCAGCUCGAGUCUCAAAGGAUUUACUGGGAGAAUAAGAUUGUUCAUCUGGAGAAGGAGACAGCUGAAGAGAUAAACAACAUGAAAGCGAAAUUUAAGGAGACAUUGGAGCGCUGUGAUAACCUAGAGCGACGGUUAGGAGAAAUGACCAAAGACAAACAGAGCAUAGAGAAAAAAUGCACUCAGUUGAACAGUCGAGUGGUGAAGCUGAGCCAAGAGCUGACGGAGGAGCAGGAGAUGAACCGCUGUCUGAGAGCCAAUCAGGCACAGCUGCAGGUACAGCUGUCAGAGGAGGAACGCAAAGCAAAAGAAAGCGAAGAUCGUAAAGAUGGAACAAUAGCAGAACUGCAGGAACAGCUGAGAGACGUGAUGUUUUAUCUGGAGACCCAGCAGCAGAUUGAACAUCUUCCACCAGAGGCUCGCAGCGAAAUUCAAGAGGGACAGAUCAACAUCCCAGCCAGCCCAUCUGACGGCGCUCUGGGUUCGGCGGGAGCAGGCCCCUCCUCUGGCAGGGGCAGAAGAGGCCGAGGCAGGAAGAGGAAGUAGGCAUGGCCUAAACUCAACUGGAACAUGCUAGAAACUGUGUUGCUGCUUCUCACUGUGGACAUGUUUGUGACUGAGCACCAGCCCUUUAUUCAAUGUGUAUCUGCAUUAUUGUAAUUCUCAAUAGGGUAAAGGCAGGAAGAAGGAGUAAAUGUUGAUAAUAUUUACCUGCACAUUUUCCUAGCAUAACUCCUGGCUCCUACAAGAAGAGCAUAAGAGAGGAUCGCUCAGUCACUCAAAACUUCAGUGUGAUCUAAAUGCCCUCUUCUCUUUCCAAAACUUAAGAGUAUAUAUUUUGAUCACAAUUUAUAUUUAUUUGAUCAGAAAUAUUUCAUCUGUGCCCAGGUAGUACCGUAUUAUAGUACUUCUUUUCAAACACUGCGUGAUCUUUUUAUUAUUUUAAAAUGCAAAGAUGGUUCUUUUACAAGUGAGAAUAGAAUCAAGGAAAUUUAUGUCCACAUUUUCUGAGUUUUUCCUUCAUUUCUUUAGACUCUGCUGUUUCAUCUGUUAUGUUCCAAUGUUUUUUUUGUUUCUCUUUUUGUUCCUCCACUUUAAGUAGAAACACUCGUCAGAGAACAUGGAGGAGAAAAUGCCUUUUUCAGCAGUGCAUUGUAUUGGGACAGGAGUCAGUAUUCACAGAAUGCACAGUAUUUUUGUAUGAGGAGCAGGAAGCAUGUUUUGCCAUGUUUUCACCAUCUAGGUUAGUGAUUCCCAACCACUAGUACAACUUGUGUACCUCAGAGGAUUCUACAGCAUUACCAGGAAGUAGUUCAAAGGAUUGUGUAUGUUUGCUAACGAUUUAUUGAAACUAUGUGGAUCAUGAUUUACUGCUCCUUCCAUCAAUCCCAGUAUCCCUUAUUUUCCAGCUAAUUUCCUGGAAAUCUUUCUCAGAAUUUCUCCCAUAAUAUUCCCAAGACUGUAGUUUUUGACUCUAAAACUACAUUCUAAUACGAUUUUUUUUAUUUACCCUUUAAAACUCUUAAUAUUACUGGCUGCUAUUCUAUUAUUCCUCCAUUGAAAGAUGAUAUUAAAUUGCAAAUAUUGUGCCAUUUGAUGACAUUGACAUUUGGCUCUAAGACAUUAUGAUAAUAUCUGUAUUAUUAUGCCAUAUAAACAUUAAGAUAUUCCGAGAAAUGAUUAAAAUAACCAGGGUACAUUAGUUGUACCCUGGUUAUGUGUUACAUACAAUACCAUACCAGAAAAACGCCAGAAGCAACUGUGACCUUUGCAGUUACAAUCCUGAACAUGGUGUCAUAACCUAGAUGAUGAAAUAAGUGACUCAGCUCCCUCCUUGAAUACUAAGAUUUUUUUUCCCUUGCAAAAUGUUCACAAUAAAGUUUUAGAUGAAUCCCUAAGGCCUUAAUUAAAAACUGGUGCAGAAAGCACACAUUGAUUUUUUUUAUUUUUUAUUUUAAUAUAUAUAAACAGCCACUCAAAAGAUCAUUUCUAUGCAAAAUAUUCAGGUCAAAUGGUGGGGAGUCUGACCAUUUGACCUUAGAACUGAAGAAGCUUCUCGGAUGAGAGGUGAAACGUCUUCAAGUAACUUAAAGAAGUCCAGACGCUUUUCUUUGCAAGCUCCUUUGACUACAAUGACCUGGAUGACUGAGAACCUUCACAGACAUAUGCAAAAUAUUGUUUACAGCCCUCUAAAAGGAACAGUUUAAUAAUUUCAGAAAUAUGAGACUUGCUGUCAGUUAUUUGAGAUGCUAACUGUGACUCCGUUGUCUGACAAGAUAUUUCACACAUAUAGCCAGUGACGGCCAACAGGAACCGAGCUUGCUGGUUACUGUUGUUUGUAGACAUGAGUAUAGUAUCGCUCUCGAAAGUUAAAUGAAAAGAUGUUUUUCCACAGUGAUCAUCAAGAGAAAAGCUGGAAUGUACCUGUAGCGACUGCUUUGAGAGAGGAGAUAAAGAGCUGUUUUUUUCAGCCAUAGAAGCUUUCAUUUAAAAACAAAAUACGGCAAGUCAUGCUCCUGAAAACAUCAGUUCAUGCUGGGGUUUUGUUGUUUGUUUGUUUUUUUGCCAUGAAAGUGUUCAGUUUUUUGUUGUUAACACUAAAACUGUGCCGCCACUUUCAAUAGAACAUUUUCUGAAGUUUUUCUUGUUUUGGGGUAAAAAGUGUGUGAAGCUGAAACAGAUGCAUCUUUGUUGAAAUGACAUACUACGCAGCUGUGAUGUUAAAGUGCAGACUGUCAGAUCUACCACAAGGAAGAUGCAGUCAUAUCUAACUAAUCCUUCUGCAGUCUACUACAUUCACAGUUUAUUACCAGCAGCCUGUUGAAAGUAAACUGUGUACAUAGUUGGAAAACACAGACAAACUGACAGAUUAAAAAGCUUGGUCUUUGUAGACACACCA